AUGGAUAAACAAAUAUUCUCUAAAGUUAUAUUAAAUAAUAAAUAUAUUAAUAGUAUUAUAUUCAAUUAUGUUAGUGAAAUCAGUUUAAUAUUUAAUCGAGGAAAACACUACAAGUGGAAUGAUUUGAUUGAGAAUCCAAAUCUGUUGGCAGCCAAUAACUAUUUAGAUCUAUUGAAACAAUGGUUUAAAAAGAGAGAUGAUUAUCUAUCGUGGUGGGACAAUAAAGAUGGUCAUACCAUGAUAGGACUAUUACAAAAUGUAAUGAUGUCGGGUGGAAUUGAUAUGAUGACAUUCCUAAUCGAACAAUUCAAAGAUCGACAACCAAAGUUUACACUCAAUAGUCUUUUGGAAUCUGCUUGUAGAUUCAAUAGAAUCGAUUUGAUUCGAUACCUAUUGAGCGAAUAUAGUUUGUUCAAAUGGGAUUACUAUAGUGCAAUGGUGUUUGCACCCUAUUCGAAAAACAUGGAGAUAUUGGAGAUGAUGGUAGAUCUUUACAAUGCCACCAGCAUCGCGCAAGAUAAUAGCUAUGUAGAAUCGAAAACAUCAUCAACCAAGAAUGUAUUUAAUAGUGCUGCAUUUGUUGGAAGUGUUCAGAUGAUUGAAUAUCUUUGUAAGGAGAGAUUGGAAGACUUGCAACAUAGUGAUUUGUAUAGGAUGGCAAUUGAUGCUGGCCAAGUCGAAACUGUUCGAUAUCUUAUUGCUAAUUUUAGUCAUCUUAAAGACGUCGACAAAUGCAAAUCUUCAUCGGGAACUGUUAGACUUCCACUAGACUUUGCAUUGACCAAGAAGAAUACCGACAUUACCAUUAUGUUGAUUGAGGCAAAUUGUAAAACCAAUUUCACAAACAUACUUGGAACUGUUGCCAAUUACUAUGGUGAUUGCAAGUUGAUGGAUUAUCUAUAUUCUAGAGGUCAUAGAUUGGAAUCAUAUCCAUUGGAUGAUGUUACAAUGUUCGAUAGUAUUCUAUGGUUGGAUCACAUGGUUGUCAACUUACUGCUACAGUAG